UAAUGCCAUAUGCUUAGUCCCGAUUUGGUGUUGAUAAGUGUUCCAGGAAGACUGUUUCGCAUUAUUUACUUAUUUAUUUUUUGUAGUCAAAAUAAAUUAUAAACAUUGUUAAUAACGGUGCUAAGAUAUACCUUUUUUUUCUUAAUUUCAUAAGUGGCGAUCUAAAUUCGUUUACCAUACGCCAUAUUGACUGGCUGGGUUAAAUAGUAAGUCCUUGUUUGGAUGUGGAUACGGAAAUCAAAGAUAAUGGCAACCGAAACGCCUCGAGUUAUCAGAAUACAACUUAUUUGUUGAAGUAUCUCUCAUUUAAAGGACGUUCCGAUACAGGAAGGGCGAGGAAACGAGCUUCUAAAUUUGCUAACCAACGCUUACCCCCAACGUUACAUGCUUUAUCAAAGUUUCUGUUAGAUUUAGCGUGAGGUCGAAUUUUUUAGGCCUACGUCGAGAAAUACUUUAAAAGUUUAAUGCUAACAAAAUUUUAAUGCACUCAUUAGUAUGUGGUGGCUACUGCAUUGUUGUAUGCCAACUUUUUUUUUCAAUGCAAGAUCGUGAAUUGUAUAGUGUGUAAACCUAAAACUUAGUAAAUGUGUAAACAUGUCAUUAAUAAUGUUACUACAACGAUUUUUGUAGUUUAGACUUCAGUAAGUAACAUUAACCAAAUUUAAAGAACAAAAUUAGGUACUACUUCGGCAAUGUGAGGCGGAGAAAUAAGGUUAAUAUUAAUAAUGCUAAUACAGUAAUAGUAAAUAUAGUGACGUAAAUGUUAUCAUGCAUAAAUCAUUUGAAUUUCAGUGCGUGAAAUAAGAUGAUAAAAAAAAAACAACACGUGGAAAAAAAAUCAUUCCUAGUUUGGCUUACAACAAAAACAAAAGCAUUUUUGGGCCUGACUUCGGAGACACUAUCAACCAAUAGAGGAACAGAUUUGGUGUUAGAUCAUAAGGUAAAUAACUGCAAGACUUAGUCUAAUGUUUGAAAAUAUUAAUUCAAGUAAGUUGUUGGAACAAAUACUGUGACCUCAACAAUAUCUUUACUGGUUGGAAAUUAAAUAUUCAGAAAUAUUGUGUUAAUAGCUAUUGAAUCAUUUUUUUAGACAGUUGUAUUUGCUGCACAAAAUUGUUAAAAGUGUAAAAUUCUUUAAUUAUGCAUAUAAUCAAGUAACUGCUACAUUUCUAACUGAAAAUGGGAUAUUAAGGCUACAAGUUGAACUACAUUUUUCAAGACUCUUCAGCUCUAAUCUGUGCUUGCAAGACUGAGAGUGAAAGUGAGCUUAGCACUCAACCAGUGAAAAGUGGAAAUCAUUAUUUGAGUUGUACAAUAUAAUGGCAGGAAGCUUUGAUCCUUACGAUAAAAACAGCUGGUUUGCUGGUCCUAUGACAAGACAAGAGGCUACAGACCUGUUAAUGGCAGAAAAUGACACUGGAAGGUUUAUAGUGAGAAACAGUAGCAGUAUACAGGGAGAUUUGGUGUUGUGUGUCAGGGAAGACAAUAAAGUAAGUCAUUACAUUAUAAAUAAAAUACAACAAGGUGACCAGACAAGGUUCAGAAUUGGAGAUCAGAUGUUUCCCGAUGUCCCUUCUCUACUAAACUUUUAUAAACUUCAUUAUCUGGACACUACUCCUCUCAUACGGCCAGCGGAAAGAAAAGUAGAAAAAGUUAGAGCAAAAUACGACUUCACAGGAAGUGGAGACGCUGAUGACCUACCUUUCAAAAGGGGAGAAAUCUUAACUAUUAUAUCGAAGGAUGAAGAACAGUGGUGGACAGGAAGAAGCUCUUUGGGUUUAACAGGCUCAAUUCCAGUGCCAUAUGUAGAAAAAUAUGAUGAAAGCCAGCUUGACGGACAAAAUUCUCAAGGUUUAUCAUCACCAGUUCAAUCAGGAUCUAGUCAGUUGUUACCUAUUUCUCGCUCUUCUUCAGAGCGCAACAGAUACAACACACCAAAUAUACAGAGGAAAUUACCAGCAUUAGCCAGAGUUAAACAGGCCAGAGUUCCAAAUGCCUAUGAUAAAACUGCCUUAAAACUAGAAGUUGGAGAAGUCGUAAAAGUAACCAAAAUCAACAUCAAUGGACAGUGGGAAGGAGAGCUGAGGGGCAAAACUGGACAUUUUCCCUUUACUCACGUAGAAUUUAUCGACUCUGAAAAUUCAGAAGAAGACGAGUCCUAAUUCGUGCUACCUGCUGAAUGUCUGUAGCACGAGGAGAAAGACUGAUACUCCUAAGUGAUGCAAAUGAAACUGUAUAGCUAGCAACCUCAAGCAGGGUUAUAUUUGAUUUGUAGACAUUGAGUUUUUAAUUCAUUUUGUGUUAAAACCAUCAAUGUAACAGUUAAGUCGUGUAUUCUUCUCUUUUUAAAAGACAAACAAACUUCUUGUCACUAGUUUAUUUAUAUCUUUGUGUUGGAUAAAGAGAAAUUGUUUUCAUGACUUGUAUUAUAUGAUGUAUUUUACUCGUAUAGAGGUAAAAAGUUGUUACAGGAGUGA